CGCGGCAGCAGAGCGCUGCACGACCUCCGCCUCCCCCAAUCCGUCCCGUCUCCUCGCCCGCCGCCCUCGACUCCCGUCUCCUCGCCUGCCGCUGGCGCCGAUCUCCAUCCUGCUAGCAGAGGUGGCGCCGGCGUCCUCCUGCUCCCGCCGCAUUCGCUCACCGGUGAGCAUCCUAAUCCAUCCCAUCCGGUCUCGGUCUCGGCCUCGGCCUCGAAUUUCGUCUCCUCGCCCGCCGCUUGCGCCGAUCCCCAUCCUGCGAGCAGAGGUGGCGCCCGGCGUCCUCCUUCUUCCACCGCAUCGUCGCUCGCCGGUGAGCAUCCCUCCCUACCCACACCUCAUCAGUUAUUCUGCGUUAUCCCUCAAAAAGUUUGGGGGUUCAACCGAAACAGGGUUAGAUCUCCCUCUGCCUAGCUCCACCUACUUUCAAGUUGUUAAUUUUGAUUUCCGUUUUUAGCAGAUGUAAUUUGGUUACUGAAUCUCAUCCAAACACCCUUAGAACGAAAAAUGUAAGCUCACAUAAUUUGUACUCAUCCAAACUCACAUAAAUUUCUUAAGAAGAAUCUAGACCACAAACUACCCAUAGUCACACAAAAUAUCUUUUUAUCAAGGUAUAUUCUUAUAAGUAAUUUUUAUUCCACAAAAUUUUCUAAAGGACAUACUGUGACACUUGGCAUUAAUCUAAUUUAACUUUUUUUCUUUAUCAGGUUAUAAAUUUUCUAAGACAUUUGUGCCACUUGGCAUGAAUCUAAUUUAACAUUCUUUCUUUAUCAGGUUAUAAAUUGAAACCAUUGAAUGUACUUUGUCUUCCCGUCUCUAAAACAUUGUGAUAUAUCUAUAAUAUUUUAAUAUUUUUAAGUUUAAAAAUAAUUUAGACUAAUAAUAUAGAUAUUUAAAUUAGGUAAUUAAUAAAUUCAAAUCAACUAUAGUUUAGAAUAAAAAAACAAAAUAAUAUAUGCCAAGUACAAUCUAAUAACAAUAGAAUGUUAGAAACAAUAUGAAUUCAAUAUUUUUAUAAAUUUUAAGUACGAUUCAUACAUAAAAUUAAAGAAAAAUAUAAAUUUAUAUAUAAGUGAGAACAUAAUAAAAUGCAAGUUAAAAUUAUUAAAGGAAAAAUAUUAUUAAUAAACAAUGAUGUUGAUGUAUUUCUAAAUAUUUUCACGUAUUAUUUAUUAAGUGUCAAUGAUUGAAAUGGAUGAUUUACCAUGUAACAGAUUAAUUAUUAAAAUUAUAUUGUUUUCAUCCGUUACAAUGCACGGGCAUUUUACUAGUCUAUAUAAUUGAUCGCUCUAUCAAUAAACCUUAAUAUCGACAAGUAACCACAACGUUAAGCCAUUGAUCGACAACCUAAAAGCUACAACUGACCAUAAAUUUCACUGGCUUAGAUGAGAUGUAAACACAUAAAUAAACCAUAAAAAACGAGAAUUCGGAGAUGAUGGCACCCCAAGUCCCCAACUCCAAACCAUUUUCCGGACAAAAAAAAAACAUUCAACUCUAAACCACAGACUCAUGAGACCAUGUAACUCAAGCAAAUCUGACUAACAAAGAUAACUCGAAAUCAAAUCGAGAAAUAAAUGCAGAUUUGCUAAAAAGACGUGUGUGAACCGGUCCCAAAUUCUCACAAAUCUGAUCCAUGAAAAUCUGCAGCCGUUAUGAACUUCCAAAUUUGGUUCCAAACUCUGAACUUUUGCUCGCCCUACUAACCCCCCUCACAAAUCGCCCAAAAUCCGAACGACGCCGCCGCCGGAAUCCGCCACCGCCGCCGACGGAAGCAAGGGCAGGUCAGGCCGUCGUCGGGAGGGGGGGAGAGGAGAGGCGCAUGGCGAAGCUGGGGCCGGGGCAGGGGCUGGGGUGCGAGGCGGCGGUGGGGUUGCUGGCGCCAAGCAGGAAGAGGGAGUACAAGGCGUGCAACAAGCUCACCGAGGGGAAGCGGCCGCUCUACGCCAUCGGAUUCAACUUCCUCGACUUCCACUACUACGAGGUCUUCGCCACCGUCGGCGGCAACCGCGUGACAACCUACAGCUGCCUCAAGGAUGGUAAUUUUGCUAUCCUGCAAGCAUAUAUUGAUGAGGAUAAGGAUGAAUCGUUCUACACACUGAGUUGGGCUUGUGAUCUUGAUGGCACACCGCUGUUAGUGGCUGCAGGAAGCAAUGGGAUCAUUCGGGUCAUCAACUGUGCCACUGAGAAGUUACUCAAGACUUUUGUUGGCCAUGGCGAUUCAAUAAACGAGAUAAGAACUCAAGCAUUAAAGCCUUCGCUCAUCAUUUCUGCAAGCAAGGAUGAAUCUGUUAGGCUGUGGAAUGUUCACACAGGGAUCUGCAUUUUGAUUUUUGCUGGAGCAGGAGGUCACCGGAAUGAAGUAUUGAGUGUUGACUUCCACCCAUCUGAUAUCUACCGCAUAGCAAGUUGUGGCAUGGAUAACACUGUUAAAAUAUGGUCAAUGAAGGAAUUCUGGCCAUAUGUUGAGCAAUCCUUUACAUGGACUGACCUUCCAUCAAAAUUUCCAACAAAAUAUGUGCAAUUUCCGGUCUUGGUUGCUGUAGUACAUUCUAACUAUGUUGAUUGUACUAGAUGGCUUGGUGACUUCAUUCUGUCAAAGAGUGUUGACAAUGAAAUUGUGCUGUGGGAGCCAAAAACAAAAGAACAAAGUCCCGGGGAGGGUAGCAUUGAUAUUCUUCAGAAGUAUCCUGUGCCAGAAUGUGAUAUCUGGUUUAUCAAAUUCUCAUGCGAUUUUCACUUCAAUCAAUUGGCAAUAGGCAACCGUGAAGGAAAAGUCUUUGUCUGGGAAGUACAGUCCAGUCCUCCUGUUUUAACUGCUCGGCUGACUAAUCCGCAAUGCAAAUCUGCGAUAAGGCAGACUGCCGUGUCAUUUGAUGGAAGCACAAUCCUUGCCUGCAGCGAGGAUGGCAGCAUAUGGCGAUGGGAUGAAGUGGACCAUCCAAAAGCAUGAAAAGUACCCUUAUAGACAGACCAUGGCAAUGCCAGAUUAAGAUUGACUUGGGAAUUCCUGCAUGUGUACUUUGUUGUGGGGGUUAUAGUAAUCAGUCUUACUGUUGAAAAAAAGUGCAAUCUGAUACUCUGAAAUUAGAAGGAUUGACAGCUGAAUGCUGGGGUUACCAACUUGAAUGUUGCAAAUAGGAUACUGCUUCUGUUAUAUGCUGAAUGUUUCAAGUUAGGGCCUUUUUGUAAAUGGGAAGAUUCGGCUAUGCCAGAUUUUUGGAAAAGUUGCCAUUUGCUUUGUUACCAAAGUUGCAUGGCAAAGAUUGGCCCAGCUCAAAUUUCUAUAGUUAUAAAUGAGUUGCCAAAUAUUUUGGCUUCAAACAAA